AUGAAGGUAGAAAAGAAGCUGUCUAUGAAAAUUGUUUUGAUACUAAUGCACGUGGGGUUUUUGUAUUUGAUUUUGCAAAAUAACUCGCUCUGCGUGCUCCACAACAUAGCAGGGUUUGUGCUGGGGACGUUUGCGUUCAACAGCAUAUUCCUCUCGGCAGGGACAAUAUGCAUUACAAAUGGGGUGAAGUACUCGAAAGUGGUGACUGCGCUUCCGUUUUUUAGCAUUAUUUUUAGGUCGGUGUCAGACCUCAUCGACUGUGACGAAGACGGCAAGGCAGUCUCCCAGAACCACGCUGUCUCGGACAACGCGCCCCCUGCCAUUUUGGGCGGAGGAGAGCCUGCAGAGAGCUUGCAGUUUGCUGAAGAGUAUGCGGCGCAAGAUUUUGGCUUGCCAGAAACCGAGGGCAUGGCCGAUGAGGAGGGCAUGGCUAAUGAGGCAUGUAUGGCUGAUGAGGCGUGUAAGGCCGAAGGACCUGAGCUUACUGCUGAGCAAUACCGCCAUCUGGAGAAAACUAUAUACAGGAAUGUGCUGGAGGAGCUUUUCGGAGAAUUGCAAGAGGGCGAACAGGAGAAAGUGGAUGAAGAACAGGAAGAAGCGAAGGCGGAAGAGCAGGGCGACGAAGAGCAAUAUGCGGACGAGUAUUAUGCAGACGAGUAUUAUGCGGAUGAGUAUUAUGCAGACGAGUAUGAUGAUGGAGAGUAUUAUGCAGACGAGUAUGAUAAUGGAGAGUAUUAUGAUGAGGAAUAUGUGGAUGAUGAAGAAUAUGAAAGAAUUCUCAACGGAGAGGCAAUUGAAUGCAAUUUCGAUACGGGCGCGCCAGCAGAAAACAGCGAAGGCCCGGCUGAAGAAUACAGCAAGGAAUACCUGGAGAUGCUCCAGAAAGCCGAGGAAGAAUAUAUGAGCUUCUACCAGCAGAAUCCGGACAGGGAAGGAGAAGAGUCUGCGGAAGAAAGAGAGCUCACGGAGGAAGACUUUUUCCCAGCGUAUUUCCUAAAGCAAGCAGGCCUAUCCGGAUUGCUAAACCGGCAAAAUGGCACAACCAAAGAGGUUACACAGGCAAUGAAUGCCUUGAGCUUAAAAAGCGGUGAAGAUACCGGCAGCGGCUCGGGUGGCUUGAAAGACCAAGGGAUGCAGCCUGACAUUGUUUAUGGCGAUGGAUCGGAAGGAAUAUCUGAAGAAGAUGCGCCAGAGCCUUUUGAAGAGCCGAAGCCCAAAGCCCUUGAUGCAGGCCUUUCUGGCCCCAAUCCGCCUGCCCUGCCUUCGCAUGAGGCCAGUGCAGACGGCCCAGAGGCGGCGCUGCUGGCUGCCUAG